AUGGCCGCACCAAGUUCUCUUCCGGCGCUGCUGGAAUCUCUCACGCAAUCGCUCGUCUCCGCCCUCGACACGGCGCCCAAGGUGGCCGGUAUUGAGCAGUCGGACAACGGCAUCUCACUUCUCGACGUCAAGAACGAGCUUCUGCUUUCCUACCUUCAGAACCUCGUCUUCCUAAUCCUCCUCAAGCUUCGCAAUGCGAAAAACCCCGCCAAGGACGACGACGACAGCGCCGACAAGGCCACAGAGCCGAUUGUCAGGAAGCUAGUUGAGCUGCGCCUCUUCCUCGAAAAGGGUGUGCGCCCCCUCGAGGAGAAGCUUCGCUACCAGAUCGAUAAGAUCCUACGCGCCGCCGACGAUGCCGAGCGUGCGGCCAUCACGAGCAAGGCAUCAUCAAAGACGAAGAAGACGGACGACUCGGAUGAGUCUGGGUCUCAGAGCGACGAGGAUGAGGACGAUGAAGACGACGAGAGCGACGAGGAGGACAAGGCCGACAUUGAUGCUGCGCAAUUCCAGGCUCGACCUGGCGCCUUUGUCAAGCCGGCCUCUGCCUCAACGGCCGUGGCUGCGGCGCAGAAGGACGGCAUCUACAGGCCGCCCCGCGUCGCGCCGACGGUGAUGCCAUCGGAGCGCAAGGAGAAGACGACCAAGAGGCCGCAAAAGUCGGCCACAAUGGACGAGUACAUCGAGACGGAACUGUCGAUGGCACCGCUGGCCGAGCCCAGCAUUGGUACCAACGUGGUGGCGGGCGGUCGCAAGGUCAAGACGGCGGCAGACCGCAAGGUCGAGGACGAGCGCCGGGAGUACGAGGAGUCCAACUUUGUCCGUCUGCCGACGCAGAGCAAGAAGCAAAAGGCCAAGGAGGCGGCGGCGGCAGGCCGCAGCGGUCGCAUGCAGUUUGGCGGCGAAGAGUGGCGGGAUCUCGGCGAUGGUGUCGACAGGAUCAACAGGCUCACGGCAAAGAAGGAGGGCGCCAAGGGUGCCAAGGCAUUGCUCGACAAGAGCCGCAAGAGAACUCACGACACGACGGACGGGCCGAGAGGAAGCGGAGCGGGCCCGGAGAUGGGCGAGCGAUUCCAGAAGAGGCUCAAGGUACUGGAGGCAGGGCGUCGCGACCGGGGCGGGCGCAGAUAG